UCGCAGCCCAGCAGACGGACCGCUCUCUCUCCUCUCGCCAGCUACUAAGACACAAUGAUGCAAUUAAGGACUUUACUUUUGACAUCUGUGAUGCUCCCGUGGAUGCUGUCUUCUGCAGCAAAAAAUAAAAGCAUGGAAGUGAGAAAACCUAAGAAAAACACUGCAAAGGUUCCAAACUUUAAUGUCCUUCAAGACACCAAACCAGCAGCUCCAAGAGCCCACGAGCUGCCGACUUGCCUGCUGUGUGUUUGCCUGAGCGGGUCCGUUUACUGUGAGGAGGUGACCCCGGAAAUGUCGGCCGUCCCGGCGCUGCCAAAGGAAACGGCGUAUCUCUACGCACGUUUCAACAAAAUCAGAAAAAUCAGAAACCAAGACUUUGCAAACAUGGCCACAAUAAAAAGAAUCGACCUAACCGGGAAUCUCAUCUCUGAGAUAGAAGACGGAGCCUUUUCUAAACUUCCACAUCUCGAGGAGCUCACUCUGGCAGAGAACAGACUGACUAAACUCCCCGUGCUGCCCGGCAAGCUGGUGUCGUUCAACGCCAAUUUCAACCGGCUCAGAACCCAGGGUGUGAAGGCGACCGCGUUUAAAAAACUCACCAGGCUGACAUAUCUCUACCUUGGAAACAAUGAACUGGCAGCAGUGCCCCAACUUCCAGAGUCUCUGCACGUCGUUCACCUGCAUAACAACAAGAUCUCCACAAUAACAGACGAGACGUUCUGCAAAGGCAACACCAGCCACUACAUCCGCACCAACAUGGACGAGGUGAGACUGGACGGGAACCCCGUCAUGCUGUCCGAGCACCCCAACAGCUUCAUCUGUCUGCAGUCGCUCCCUAUCGGAUGGUACAACUGAAAGUAACCCAGAGCAUGCUUUUGACGGAGGUAAACCAGUCACAAAGUGUAGUUCUUAUGUUACAUUUAAUGUAGUCAACUCUAGUGUACAGUGUACGAUCUCUUAGAAGCAGACAGAAGUCAUAUCAUUACAGAAAAACAAUAUUUAAACAAGGAUUGUUUCUUAUCUUAGAUGAUGUUGCACAGAUACUGGCAGAUUGUGAUGUCUCUACAUACAAAGACUCAUUUCUGUAUCUUUUAUUUUGUUGCAAUUUAGUUGAGACGGUUUUGUCUCGGCAUGUGCUAUGAUAUGAACAUGUCGAUAUGAGACCAUUGUUGAGAUGAUUAUUACUGCUAAUAGUUCUUAUUAAAGAUAAACUUGCAUGCUUCUCCAUCAGCCUUACAC